AUGAGUGAAAAUCAUAUGAAUUUGUUGAAACGGUUGAAGGAAAUAUCGAAGAUGAUUGAAAUAACGUUGCAACAGAACAACCGGCUGAAGGGCAUCCUGGCCAGUGAGCAGUACUUCAGGAAGAAGUGUGAGGCGUCCAUGGAGACGAUCGACAACACCACGGAACAGCAGGAGUGCUUCAGGAAGGUGUCCAAAAUUUUCAUCAAAAAACCACGAGAAGUGCUCAAAAACGAACUUAACGAGGAGAUGGCCCAGUACGACAAGCACAGUCCUCACUUGGUGGAACUCCGAAAAAAAUUGAUAGACAAAUUGUCCAACCUUAAGGAUCAGUACUUGCAAACGCACGAAAGUAUCGAGCGGGAGGCGAGCCGGACGACUUAA